AGCUCAGCCUUGGAGAUCGAUAUACUUUCAACACCACCACCACCCCCGCGUCGAGCCACAAGAACAACACUUCCAAAGCUGGAGUUUGGCCGGCCUCAUGUGAGUUCAACCUGCAGCGUCUCUGAAUCAGGCCAACGCGGGAUGGCAAGAGAAGGCGCGAUGAUGUCUGUUGUGUAUAGUUUUACUUGGGUAAUAGCACUAGCAGUGCUAACAGGCCUGUCAGCAGAUGGGUCAGUCUUAUCAAAGCCUGAGAAACUCUUCAGCAGAGCUGUGAGAAGUGAACGAGAAAUCAAGCAGGAGCAGCACCUCAACAUAUCUGCCUUAAACACAGCCUUGGCCUUUGAAACCUACCGUGACCUGGCCACAAAAACCACUACUGUGCCUGGUGUCCAGCAACAGCACAACAUCCUGUUCUCACCCGUGGGCCUAGCAUCAGCUCUGGCCCUUCUGUCCCAAAUCUCUGGAUCGGAGAGUCGGAGCCAGGCCCUGGAGGCCCUGGGGCUAGCAGCCAACUCUACAGAGCAGAGCGUGGAGGCCACCAUAUCUGCUCUCGCUGAUCUGCAACAGAGCCUCUUGCUGCAGGAGGGAGGGGGUGGAGUUGGGGUUCAAAGGGCAGGUUCGGUGGCUGGAGCCAAGACAGAAGCUGGGAUUGGGGCCACAGCAGGGGGGGGUGCUGGAAACAAAGCUGGUGUAGAUGAUGGGGCAAAGGGUAGGAAUGGAACUGGUUUCAGUUCUGAGGCAAAGGGUCGUACUGGAAGUAAGGGUGGAGUCCGGGAUGGGGGCCAGUUAAGGGUGUGGAGCAGCCUACAUGUUGAUGGAAAACCUUCACUAGACUAUGAUAGUUUUCUAUCCAGGCCUCAGCAGCCUGAACUCUCCGCCUUCAACACCAGCUUUGAGCCGUUGAUGAAAGACUUGCAAGGCUCUGACAAACUUAUACUCAACAAUUAUGUAUAUUUCAAAGGUCGUCAACCAUGUGAGCGGCGCCACACAGUGCCACGGAGCUUCCAGCUGAAUGCUACGACCAACGUGGAGGUUGACAUGAUGUUCAGGGACUACUCGUCUGAAGUGAUGAUGCUGUAUGACACCAACUGCUCAGCCACAGUGGUGCAGUUGGCCUUUUCAGAACGACUGGCCGCACUGCUACUUCUUCCUAAAGCCGAGCUGCAGCCUCUGGAGGACUGCCUCUCUGACAGUCGCAUGAACUUUUGGCUCAACAACCUGAAGCCGGGGGGGGCAGAAAUCCUUUUUCCCAAGUUCCAACUAAGGAAAUCCUACAGUUUAAAAAGCCUCCUGAGGACAUCUGGAGUGUCAUCCAUUUUCUCCAACUCAGCCGACUUCUCAAAAAUAUCACAGAGGACGCUGAAAUUCAUCAAGGCUCCUCAUGAGGUUCUGCUGGAGGUGGAAGAGACCAAGCCAUCUGAUGGGGGGAGGCGUGACACCUCCCUGGAGUUCUUUGUCGCCCCGAGAAUCACCUUUGACAGACCAUUCAUGCUCAUAAUCUAUGACGAUCUCACAGGCCUCGUUCUGCUCAUAGGGAGAGUUCUUGAUCCUACAGAUGUUUAGACGAGUGAACAUCACACUCCUCUUUUUGUCCUUUGUUCUUCUGCUAUUGAAACAUUAAUUUGCAUUACAUACAAUCUUUGUAACUUUUCAUGAUAGUAUCUUUUUGAAAAUGUCACUAAAGUUGUAGAGUGCAAUAUGUUUUACCUCCAAUUCUCCAGACAUUACAAGAUGAUUUAGUGUUUUUUCUCCAUUUUCACAAAAUGGUGGAAAUGAAUAACAUUUAAAUGGCAGCCUGUGACUGAAUCUAAGCUAUUCUCCCUAAAAAAAUAAAACCAUUUUCUUCAUUACAAAA